AUGCGGCCGUUCCAGGACCUCGCUAUUUCCUCCUCUUCGGAGUCUUCUGACGGGGAGACAGCGAACUUCAUCCUAAGCCAGUUCACGGCCAUAAACACGACGGGGCCUCCAGCAAAGCCUCAGGCUACGAGAUUGGUUCCAUGUGUUGAAAUUCCCAAGAAAAGCUUCAAUGAGGAUGAUUAUCCAUAUCUACCCGGCUAUUCGACCGUAGAUCACAUAAGAUCUAAGGUAGAAAACCUCACUUCGGAUUCAUACGAGGUAGUACUCAAAAGUGGCGAUAUUAGGGUGCUAUCAUUGAGCAAGAUCCAAUCACUCAAAGGUGGCCGUGGAGCGCUAUCAGUGUUUAAUUCCCAAAAUGCUUACUCCAGCUCCGAGUCCCCGUCUACCAGCAGCUCAGAGGAUGAGCUUAUAUCACCCCAUCCAACUACUCGACGGCCAAGGAAAUCCAGGGAAAUUGGUUCUGUCAAUGGCUCUACACGGCCCAGAAGCCUUCGUCAAAGAACACUGGCCAAGGUCAACUAUUCAAUGCGCCUUAGCAGUGUUGAAUCUGAAGGUUCCAGCACUCGGAGACGAUCUAGCCGGCUGAACCCUCGCCGUGACCGAUCGCCUGACGAUUUAAUAGAAAUAGACAGUGAUGAUUCUAGCGAGGAUACCCAGAGAAGGACACGCGCAAAAAGACGAAAGGUUAUAAACCUCCCCGUGCGAGAACCCCGCAAUGGAGUACGUACUUCUCAGAGGACUCGAAAGCAAGUCGGGAACAUGGCUGAAAGAUUGGAGGAUGACAUAUCCGAAGUAGAGGUGGCCCAGAAAGAGACGAAGUACUCAGCCGCACAGGAGAGAUUUUAUAGAUUACCAAAAGAUGAUCCCUUUGCGCUUCGUCAUCAAUCUGCCUGCAGGGUCUGUUAUACUGUUGGAGACAGCUCCGAAAAGGGGGUUCUAGUCUACUGUCAGGGAUGCACAGAUUCAUACCACCAAGUGUGCCUUGGGUCCCGCGGCACCCGGACUCAUCUGGUCAGCAAAGUAACUUCAAAGUUAUUCGUGUUGCAAUGUCGUUUCUGCAUUGGGCUUGCUCGUGAGAAAGACCCGACGGCCCCCCAUCAUGGCACCUGUACCGGUUGCAAAUCUCCUGGAGAAAUGACAAAACCAUUAAGGACGCGCUUGACCACGAGACAAGAGCAUAUACAACGUGAAGAGAAUGGCGGAGAGGAUCCAUGUAUUAAUGUUGAUCAAACUAUACUGAGCCUGCCGGAAAAUGUCAUGUUUCGCUGUGACUCAUGUAAACGCAGCUGGCACAUGCACCAUUUACCUAGAAAAUCCGGAACGUCAUAUACUAUUGAUGAUGGCCUGGAAGAUGCCGAGUUAUCUGAGAAGAGGUUUAAAGAGUAUUCUCGCCGUUGGACUUGCAAUGAGUGCGCUAAUCUUCCGGGAGAAAUCGAAACCUUGGUUGCUUGGAGGCCGACCAACCUAGACAACUAUACUCCAGGAUACUCUUGUGAUGAGAUUGAAGAGGAUGCUAAAGAAUAUUUGAUAAAAUGGCGGAAGCUCUCUUACUUUCAGACUUCCUGGAUGCCAGGCCCUUGGGUUUGGGGGGUCGCAGCCCAUGUUACACGCAAGGCGUUCAAUAAAUCUGAAGAUGGACAAAAGCCCCGAAUGACCACCGAAGAUGCUAUACCCGAAGAUUACCUUCAAGUGGACAUUGUAUUUGAUGUUCAAUACUCAAACGUGGUUUCUGAGCGAACUCUUGAGAUUGAUCUAGCUCGGGCUGACGAAGUUGAAACCGCUUAUGUGAAAUACAGGGGUCUUCCUUAUGAGUCUGCAGUCUGGGAAAAACCCCCAGACCGAAAGAACGUUGAGAGAUGGCAAAGCUUUGUGUCAGCAUAUGAGGACUGGGUUCUCGGUAACCAUAUUCAAAUUCCUAGGCGCGGUACAUUGAAAAGACACCUUGAUCAUGUUCGUUCGAAGGAUUUCGCCAAGCAUUGGGUGCGUAAGAAGCAGCCUGAAAUACUCGUGGGAGGAGAUUUAAUGGACUACCAACUUGAAGGACUAAAUUGGAUAUAUUUCAUGUGGUAUAAACAACAGAGCUCAGUGCUCGCGGAUGAGAUGGGGCUGGGUAAAACUAUCCAAGUCAUCUCCUUCUUCGCCACUUUAAUCCAAGACCACAAUUGCUGGCCCUUUCUGGUAGUUGUUCCAAACUCGACUUGUGCAAAAUGGAGACAGGAGAUUAAAAGAUGGACGCCAAGUCUCCGAGUUGUUACGUGCUAUGGCUCGGCGGCUGCUCGGAAGAUUGCUCAAGAGUACGAGAUGUUCCCCCGUUUAUCCAAGGACCUUCGGUGCCAUAUUGUCGUGACAUCCUAUGAAAGUAUGAUCGAGGACAAGACUAGGAAGUUAUUCUCAAACAUCCCUUGGGCAGGGCUGGUUGUCGAUGAAGGACACCGACUGAAGAAUGACAAGAACCAGCUUUAUGAAACUCUCUUGAAGAUGUCGGUACCCUUUACAUUGCUCCUUACGGGAACACCGCUCCAGAACAACAUUCGUGAAUUAUUCAACAUCCUCCAGUUCUGCGACCGCUCUCACAAUGCAGUUGCUCUAGAGGAGGAAUAUAAGGAAAUGACCAACGAGAACGUGAACAAACUCCAUGAUAUGAUUAGGCCAUUCUUUCUUCGACGAACCAAAGCCCAGGUGCUGUCAUUCCUUCCACCUGUGGCGCAAAUCAUACUGCCUGUUUCCAUGACCAUUGUGCAGAAAAAGCUAUACAAGUCAAUUCUUUCCAAAAAUUCGCAGCUAAUCAAGUCUGUGUUUAAGAAUACUGGCACAAAUUCAACUGUCAAACAGAGUGAACGCCACAAUCUAAACAAUAUUCUGAUGCAGCUUCGGAAAUGCCUGUGCCACCCCUUCGUCUAUUCAAAGGCCAUUGAAGAUAGAGGCGUCAAUUCAACCUUACUACACCGGAACAUGGUUGAAGCAUCAGCCAAGCUCCAGCUGUUAGAGCUUCUACUGCCCAAGCUCCAGGAGCGGGGGCACAGAGUUUUAAUAUUCAGCCAGUUUUUGGACUUUUUAGACAUUGUGGAGGACUUCUUGGAUGGCCUUGGCCUUAAACAUCUUCGUCUCGAUGGCAGCAUGACGUCGCUGAAGAAACAGAAGAAUAUCGAUGCUUAUAACGCGCCGGGUUCCGAGUACUUUGCAUUCCUCCUUUCUACGAGGGCCGGUGGCGUUGGCAUCAACCUAGCAACAGCAGAUACAGUUAUUAUUCUGGAUCCCGACUUCAACCCACACCAAGAUAUACAGGCUUUAUCCAGAGCUCACCGAAUCGGGCAGAAGAAGAAAGUCAUGGUUUUCCAGCUGAUGACCCGCGGGUCUGCUGAAGAGAAAAUUAUGCAGAUUGGAAAGAAGAAAAUGGCGCUGGAUCAUGUACUUAUUGAGCGAAUGGACGCUGAGGAUGAUGAUGAACUUGAUCUGGAAGCCAUCCUGCGCCACGGCGCGGAAGCAUUAUUCGAUGAUAACAACACCGGUGAUCUCGUUUACGAUUCGCAAUCCGUUAAUAAGCUGAUUGACCAGAGUGAAGUGGAAAACACCAAGGUGGGUAAUGACACUUCUGCAGAAUCGCAAUUUAGCUUUGCAAGGGUAUGGAUCAACGAAUCAAUGGAGGAUGCACUUGGUGAUAGUGAAUCUACACCACCACCAAGUAAUACUGUUUGGGAAAAGAUCCUUCAGGAGCGAGAAAGGGCAGCAGAACAGGAAGCGAGGGCCAAGGCAGAAGCAUUCGGGAGAGGCAAACGCAAGCGUCAGGCCAUCAAUUACCGAGACCACGACAAGAAUAACAAUGCAGAUAAUGAUAGUGACGUUGAAUUCAACGGCCCAUCUGAGUCUGAUACUGAUGUCACUGCAACAUCUGAACGGUCAGAGACGUUUGGGAAACGCGCUGCCCGCCCCUUCAAACGCGCUAGCAUUGCCUAUCCCGACGGCGAUGUGGAAACACAAUCCACCCUGAACGAGAAGCAUCCUUGCGUGGCAUGCGACCAUCUUCAUCCCGUUGGCUACUGUCAACUCAGGCUUGCUGGGGUUGAGCACUGCGGCCUCUGCGGAAUCGCCCACCUUGGCCACCUGCGAACAUGUCCACACCUUCAAUCUGAGCUACAAGUCGCAUCAAUGCUUGGCUCAUUACGACAAAGUACGGAAUCAAGCGACCUUGUUGAAGCAGCUACUAAAUAUCUAAGAGGAAUCCGUGGACACCUUGUCGCAGCGCGUAAGAAAGCCGCUUCUCAAGAGCAAACACAAUACACGAUGACUACGAAUCCUCCUCCAGUUCCUCCUUAUACCCAAAACCCCCAUCCGCAAAAUCAUCCCGAAUAUUCCUAUACCGUACAAGCACCCAAUCCACCACAAUUGUUGAAUUCCUUCCCUGACCCUAGUUACCCUGUAGCUCCCCCGCGACCAGGGAAGCCACAUGUCCAGCACCAACCCAGCCUCCCCCAUUCUUUUGCUGCACCUCAAGGGUACAGUUCGCCCUAUGCCCCAAGUCGGAACUCAUACUCUAAUUCCUACACAUUUCAAGGCUAG